AUGCUCAUCCAGUCGAGGAUAGAUCGUGCGACAUAUCUUACUGUAUCCUCACCAGCUGCUAAGACAACAGCAAAUGGCUAUGUUCGCGUCGUACCCUCAUUGAAUGUAGCUCACGAUAAUCUUGCGAGAGAGGAUACCUCAAGCAAGUUUCCAACCGCUGCAUUGCCAGCUUUUUCCGCCACCUUCCAUAGCACCGGUAUUCAAACACAGCCCCUCUGCGACGGCGACCAGUUCAUCGAAAUCUUUGGGUACGACCCCACGCGCGAUGACCUCAAGCGCAGAAUUGGCACAGCUGCGAUCGGCCGCUACAAGACCGAGGGCGAAGUCAAGCCGCACGAACUGGUCUACGGUGCGGCAUUCUCGGUCGCGCAUGUACCUCGACAAAAAGCACUAUACGUAAACGCGGGCUUUCAGACUACAGAUUUUGCCGAGUCCAACAAAGCGCUAGCCAGAGCAAAGGUUAAAGCAUCAAUGGUAGCUAAGAAGUACCGGCGAGUUGCCGAAGCGGCGGGAUACAGGGUGUGGGCAGAGUCGAAAGAUGAGAGGGUGAUACAUUCUGAACAAUACGCCGUCAAGAUCGAGCUUGAUGCAGAGGGUAACGCAUUCGAUGCGGAUAUAACGGGGCACCUUUUACCGAACAUCUACGGCGUAGAGAUCGAAUCAGCCCUCGACUGUUCCGGCUCAAUCCAUAAUCCAACACAUACAAAUACGCACAAGGUGUUCUCGCAGCGUGACACUGCUAUCGACCUGGAGAUACUGCGCCCGAUCCCUGCACUGGAACCGUCGACUCGAGAGUCAGACCCUGACCCAGAGCCUAUAGAAGACUAUGGAUAUGAAAUAUCACUACGAGGAGAGGAUUCAGAUAUGAUAUUUGAAAAAGAUGCUCAAGAGAAGGCUGUCAAACCUGAGAACCCGAGCGGUACGGUAAAUUCGCCUAUACAUACGCAAACUGAUGUAUCAGUACCACCAAAGUCAAGUCUCGUCUCUCCGUCUUACAAAAUCGACAGAAAGGCUAGUAAAGCGUCGCGCCUCCAAAAACAAAGGCCGGGAAGGUCGUUGCAAAUCUCCACUUCGCGAAAGAUAGGAGAAUCGCCUACUGUCGAGUCUAGCAUACCCACUGGAGAGGACAAUGACAGAAAGCAACAUGGUUCUUUGCGUGACACUCCCCAAAGGACAGGCGCAAAGCAUAGUAGUAGAGCCCGAAAAGGUCAAGUGGGGCCGCUAUCAGAGUUGCGCUCUGAGGAUGUACCGCGUAGCCCUAAAGUACAUCGCACCAUAGAUCAGCCGCCUCGUUCAAGCACAAUUUCAGAGCUGGCCCUUUCAACACCAGGCAGAAAGCCACCCGGUCGGGUACCUAACAACAAACCUCGGAAGAUCAGAAGCACAAUCAGAGAGGAAGAUGACAUAGCCUCUAAAGAGACAAAAGGUGCAGAUGGUCCGAAUUCUCCUCCGAAAGCAAACCAAGUGUCUGUUGAUCUGGUGCUGGACCAUGAGGUACGGCAUGAUCAAGAAAAGCUAGCAAGGAAGAUCCAGGCCAAUAUUGGUGGUCUGGAAGAGUCCUGGAAGUCGACGUCAAACCAAAAAUCAAAGGGCAACAUCAAAGACACUGCACGACUGCAAACAUCAACAACGCAAAUGCACGACCCACAGACAGAUGUCAAUGCGGAAGACCAACAUGAUCUGUUCACACGAGCACGUGAGAUCGAAGACCGUAGGCGCAAACUUGCUUACGCAGUAGUUGAACAGAAGGAGAUGAACGACGUGGUCCACCGUCAGAGUUACACACCAAAAGGCGUAGUAGUUCAAGACGCUAAACCGCCGCGCAUAGAGCCAAUAGACGAGAUGAUGCGUGCACGUAGGGCGGAGGAACGUCGUCGCGAGCUCCACCACGCCAACAUGAGCAGUCGGAAGCUAUCACGUCAUAUACAAAAGCGUUCUGUUGACAAAACUGAACGAUCAGUGAGCAACGACGAAGAGAGGCGGGAGGAGGGAAUAAUUGCAAACAGGAAGGUCGCAGCGCCACAACCGCGUCGUGUAGUUCGGGAGGAAAUAAAACGGUAUGAUCCGCGAGAUAGAGUGAAGAAGAUCAGGGAGGCAGAAUCUUUUUACUCUGACACCGCAGUGAAAGAUAGGGUAAAUCCAGAGGGAGACAGUACGCGCGAGCGCGAUGAUGGCAACCGGAAGAGACGCAAAAGAUAA